ACGUCUGAGCGUAAGGACAGGUGAGAGGUGACAAGUUGAGAGGUCGCGUUAGCAAGACGGUAAGGCUGCUACACUUUUGCUGCAGUUUUACUGAGUAUAGGUACUCAAAGACAGCGACAUUUGUCGGGGUUCGUUUGUCUGGCUCGGCUAUAUAUCUCACGACGGGCGCCAGCUUUGACGACCGGUAACGCAGUUGUUGAUAAGCUUUGUCAGUUAGCUCACGUUAGCAAGCUGCUAGGCUAGCCUGCUGAGUUGCUAUGUCGCAACCGAGUGUUUGGAUUCACUGGAGCUAACGUAGCUAGCUCAUCCCAAAACAAACUUUAAUUCGGGAGAAAAAAACACUAAAGAUGGCUGUGUCUGUGCGGGGCCUGUACUUUGUGGUGACCCUGUUUUUGGGUAGUUUCUUUGGGAGUGUCUUCAUGCUGGGUCCAGUUCUGCCCCUCAUGCUGCUGUCUCCGGCUUGGUACCGCUGGAUCACGGAUCGCGUCGUUGCUACCUGGCUCACCCUUCCUGUGUCCUUGCUAGAGCUGGUAUUUGGGGUGAAGGUGGUAAUAACAGGUGAUGGUUUCGUUCCUGGGGAGCGCAGUGUGAUCAUCAUGAACCACCGUACGCGCCUGGACUGGAUGUUCCUUUGGUGUUGUCUGCUAAGGUACAGCUACCUUCGUCUGGAGAAGAUCUGCCUCAAGGCUGCCCUCAAAGCUGUGCCUGGCUUUGGCUGGGCGAUGCAGGUGGCCUGCUUCGUUUUUAUUCAGCGUCGUUGGGAGGAGGACAAGAAGCACUUGGAGAACAUGCUGGACUACUUCUGUGACAUCAGAGAGCCUCUGCAGCUGCUGCUGUUCCCAGAGGGCACAGACCUCACUGAAAAUACAAGAGCAAAGAGUGAUGCGUUUGCUGCCCAGAACAACUUGCCAAAAUUUGACUACGUGCUGCAUCCCCGAACCACUGGAUUCACCUUUAUCGUGGACAGACUACGAAAAGGAGACAACCUGGAUGCCGUCCAUGACAUUACAGUGGCCUACCCCAAGAACAUCCCUCAAACAGAACGCCACCUCAUCCUGGGGCUUUUCCCGCGUGAGAUCCACUUCCACGUCCGCCGCUACCCAGUGGCCUCCCUGCCCUCCUCCUCCUCAGACCUAGAGUCCUGGUGUCGAGAUCGCUGGGCCGAGAAGGAGGUCCGUCUCCGUGACUUCUACUCAGGCCAGCCCCGGGGCUUCGACAGGGACGGUGUUGCACGUGUGCCACCUUGUAAGUCAGAGCUGCGAGUGGCUCUGAUCAAAGCUGCCUCACUGCUGUAUUGGAGCAGCUUCAUUGCUCUGUGCUUCACUGGCCUGUGGCUGUGGGCCCCGUUCAGGCUCUAUUUCCUGGUCAUGGUUGGAGUGUAUAUGGCUCAGCAGAAGCUGGUUGGGGGGCUGGAGCUGCUGGAGUUGGCCUGCCAUCGAUACUGGAAGUCGAUGGCUGCUGACGUGGGUGACAAGAAUAAGGUGCUGGAUGGGAAGAUGCAGUGAGGAUGGAAGACAGGGUUGACUGGACAAUGACAUGUUAUCACCCAUGCUCAGCAAGGACACUGAGGACUUGUCUUGGCCUGUUCAGUCCAGAGGGCUAGUGGGUCCCUCCAAGGGAUCCAGUCCAGAGCUCCAUGCCUUAGAAAGGGAGUAGUAAUGAGUGUACCUCCUGAUGAUAUGCAUGGCUUCAGUGGAGAGGGCUUACCUUUUGGGGGAAAAAAAAAAAUAAGAGGAAUGUUUUGUUGUCUUUUGGGUUCAAGGAAUUCAUCAUACAUGAUGUGUCACCCGCCCUGUAUUUCUCUCCUUGUAUAAUUACGGUUUAUUAGCUUGCUGUCAGUGCAUUUUAUUCGUUUUAUGUUGUUUGUUAUGGUUGUUUGCAACCUCAGUGUGUCAUGAAACAAUGCUGUUAGUAUUUUUUAUACUGUUGCCAUCCUUGAAACUGGUUUUAUUGUAUGCUAUGUUGCCAUUGGUUUUAUAUCAGUGUCAUAAAUUAUGGAGCAGAGCCAUAGUACAGACCACCUGUACAUAUGAUGACUUGACUCUAACCGAUAUUCAAAGCAGCACUGUAGUUAGCUGGAUUAGACUGAUGGGACUAGUUAAAUGAAUGAGUUCCCAAUAACAGUCUCAUGCAAGGAAACAAAAGAACAGGUGUAGUUCCCAGAGAAUUAUUAAGGAGUAUGCAGGUAUAUAUGUAUCAUUGUUUACCUUUAUUGGGUAUGAUUACCCUUUUAUACAGACUGGGGAAUUAACUUUUCCCAGUUAGUCCUUAGACAAAACUUGUGUGAUGUUUAUUACCGUAUAGGUCUUGAAACAUAAAAUAUGUUAUUCUGCUUGUUUGCUCAAGUAGCUUUUGCACAUAAAAGCCAAAGGUGAGAAGAGCAGACGUGACAUAAAAAAGUAACCAAACAGAAUGUAGUCUGUCUUGUCAGGAAAGAGUAGCUUCACCCACAGCUGGCAUGGCUGUCCGCGGUCAUGCUGAGACAACGCUUGUAAUCAUCAACUCAUUAAGAUCAAAGAUCUGACUGAGAUCUUAUGUCUGGAUAACUAUGGAAGCAGAUGAGCUUUGUGCCCUUUCUGGGAAUGAAGGGAUGCCUUGUAGAGGCAGGAUGUGGGUGGUGCUGGGGUGGAAGAAUGUCCUGUUGGGACAACAUUACCCCUUGAUGUGCAGGGUGGCACAGAGGACCAGACUUGGAGUGGAAAACUGGCCCUGAACUCAGCCUAAUCCAAAAAAGCCCUGUAAUGCCCACCUCUGCCUGUGUCACUCUCUAGAGGACUGGCAUUGAUGCGCCUGCUAAUCUCAAUUAGCAAGUGACAGCUGAGAAAGCUACUCCAAUUGUGCCAAAAAAGGACAGAAAUUGAAACAAGAUUGGAGUUGCGCUUGAACCAGACUCUUAGCCACUGACUCUCACUGAGCUCAAUGUCCAUUUCAAAUCAUGUUAAUUCUGGGAGUUGGGAAACAUUUGUGUCUUGGACAAUCUCUAGCAGUUUCCAGUAACACUGUGCAGUGUGUGAUCUAGCUGACCACUUCAACCCUGUUUUGUGAGAUAAAUGUCUUUCAUCGUUGACCGCACAGUAGAAAGUUGACUGUUUAUAUAAAUCUGAAGCUCCUGUAGUUCCAGUGUAAAGGGGCUGUUUCUAGUCACUGUGAUCAGCUGUGUUGACAAUUUUUUAUCAUCAGCAUGUUGUAGUUUACCAAACAUGGUACUAUAUCCAUUUCCUCCACUCCAUUUAAAACUCCCGAACCAGCUAGAAUCUUACAUGUAUUACUCGUUCACUUGUGCUGUUUUGUGUUGCUCAUUUUACAAUCACUCGCUGAUGCUGGACCUCUUUAAAGUCACUGUCCUCAGGUAAACACAGUGGACACUGUUACAAGUCAGUCUCUUAAAGGAAAAAAUAUAUAUCUGAAUAAAUAUACUAUAUCAACUCA